UAAAUGUUGGUAACACUUAGCCAUUCAUCAUAGAAACUAUCGAAUAGAUAGUACAUAAAAAAUUGCACCCAAGCAUAUGAGUUAAAAUUUUAUAAGACCUUCUGUAACUUGUGUAUUUUUAAUAAUUUCAUAACUACAAAGUGAUAAAAGUUAACAAUAUAUUUUUAAAUAAUCGAUUGCUUGAAAAUGCGUGAGGUUAUCUCUAUACAUGUCGGUCAGGCGGGGUGCCAGAUAGGCAAUGCCUGUUGGCCAUUAUUCUCGCUGGAGCACGGUGUACUAGCCGAUGGAACGCUGAACCCUAGUUUAAAUGUGGAUGAGAAUAUGACCACCUUCUUCCAUGAUACCCGCGCUGGGCGUGUUGUGCCACGUAACAUGUUUAUCGAUUUGGAGGAUUCAGUUAUUAAUGAAAUCAAGUCGGGCCCCUACCGGCAGCUGUACCAUCCACUAUAUAUGGUUACCGGCAAGGAAGAUGCGGCCAACAACUAUGCCAGAGGGCACUACACCGUGGGUAAACAGCUUGCCGAACAGGUGUCAUCAACGUUGCAGAAGCUAUCCGAACAAUGUGACGGACUACAGGGGUUUUUGAUUUUUCGAUCAUUCGGUGGCGGCACAGGAUCGGGGUUCACCUCACUACUGAUGCAUCAGAUUGCUUUGGACUAUGGAAAGAAGUGCAAACUUGAGUUUGCUGUCUAUCCUGCCCCGAUGAUCUCGACAGCCGUUGUAGAGCCUUACAACAGCGUGUUAACCACCCACACUACCAUGGAUUCGUCCGACUGUUGUUUUAUGAUUGACAAUGAAGCAACCUACGACAUCUGCGCGAACAACCUCCAAAUUGGUCGUCCUGAUUACCUUCAUUUGAACACGCUCGUAGCACAAGUUGUUUCUUCUGUAACAGCUUCCCUGCGCUUCAAAGGCACGAUGAACGUAGACUUGAACGAGUUUCAAACCAAUUUGGUACCUUAUCCUAGGGUUCACUUCCCUCUUGUCUCGUAUGCUCCUCUGCUGUCCGCUUCGAAAGCCAAACAUGAGUGUUCAUCCAUUUCGGAAAUUACAAACGCCGUCUUCAGCCAACAAAAUACAUUGGUCAAAUGUGAUCCUCGAACUGGCAAAUAUAUGGCAUGCUGUCUGCUCUACAGAGGUGAUGUCGUACCGAAGGAUAUCAACAACACGAUCGGUGUCAUUAAGGCCAAACGUCACAUCACAUUCGUAGACUGGUGCCCAACCGGGUUCAAGAUCGGUAUCAACCAACAGGCACCCUCUGUCCUACCUGGUGGUGAUUUGGCCAAACCAAAACGGGCCGUAUGCAUGCUGUCCAAUUCGACGGCCAUCUCCGGUGCGUGGGAGAGGCUGAACGUGAAAUUCGAUCUCAUGUACCGGAAGCGGGCCUUCGUUCACUGGUACGUGGGCGAAGGCAUGGAAGAAGGUGAAUUCGCCGAAGCACGCGAAGACCUGGCCGCCCUAGAGCGGGACUACGAAGAGGUCGCCGCCGACACGGCGGAUGCCGGUGCCAGUGAUAAUGAUGAAUAUUAGUUGUUGGUUUUAUUCGUUUCAAUGUUUGUUUAAGUGUUAGUUUGGUGUUAAAUAAAAAUAAAUGUUCGUUCAAAAAAACUGCUUCACAAAUCCUUUGCU